AUGCCCAGCGUCUGCAGCACGUCCACGGGCACGGCUGCGGGGCGAGAAGAGACCCCCCCCUGAGGGUUUUCGGGACCCUCCCCCCCCCCCCGGAAAACCCCCCAUCGGUGCUUUUAGCCAGGGACCUCCGCCGCGUCCCCAUCCCCCUGCCUGCGUCCUGCCAAAGCGGGGCCGGUGCCAGGCAGCUGUGUGGGCCCAAGGUCCGGUCCGCGGCCGCCAGAUUCCUCCGGCGCAUUCCUCCGCCCCCGCGGCACGGGAGCACCCCAAGGGGCGGGAGACCCCCCCCCUUUUCCUCUCCACCCCACCCCCCCAACCCCGUGAGCGCCCCGCUUGGCUGGGCGACGAGGGGAGGAAGCAGGAGCCGGGCGUGCUGAGGGUUAAUCCCGGCACCGCCAGAGCCUUUGGACUCGAGGCCAGCGAAGCCAUGGCCGGCCCCGCGCCCCGCACCGUCCUCGUCACCGGCUGCUCCUCCGGCAUCGGCCUGGCCGUGGCCGUGCGGCUGGCGCAGGACCCCCAGCGCCGCUUCCAGGUCAUCGCCACCAUGCGGGACCUGCGGAAGAAGGAGAAGCUGGAGGAGGCGGCGGGGCCGGCGCUGGGCAAGACGCUGAGCAUCCAGCGCCUCGACGUCUGCAGCGACACCUCGGUGGCCGAGUGCCUGAGCAGCAUCCCCGGGGGGCGGGUGGACGUGCUGGUGAACAACGCCGGCGUGGGGCACGUGGGCCCCGUGGAGAGCAUCAGCGUGGAGGAGAUGAAGCGCGUCUUCGAGACCAACUUCUUCGGGGCGGUGAGGAUGGUCAAGGCCGUCCUGCCCGAUAUGAAGCGGCGCCGGAGCGGCCACAUCGUGGUGGUCAGCAGCGUCAUGGGGCUGCAGGGGAUCGUCUUCAACGACGUCUACGCCGCCUCCAAGUUCGCCGUGGAGGGGUUUUGCGAGAGCUUGGCCGUGCAGCUGCUGCAGUUCAACGUCUUCGUCUCCAUGGUGGAGCCGGGCCCCGUCAACACGGACUUCGAGCUGAAGCUGAUGGAGGAGGUGUCGCGAUCCGAGUUCCCCGGCGCCGACGAGGCCACGGUGCGCUACUUCAAGGACGUCUACCUGCCGGCCUCGCACGAGAUCUUCACCACGCUGGGGCAGAGCCCGGCGGCCGUGGCCGAGGCCAUCGCGAGCGUCAUCGGGGCGCAGCGCCCGGCGUUCCGCACGCAGACCAACGGCCUCUACACGCCGCUGGUGGCCCUCAAGUACGCCGACCCCUCGGGGGACCUGUCGGUGCGCACCUACCACCGCCUCCUCUUCCACUACGGGACCCUCUUCCACCUCAGCAUGGCGGCGCUGCGGUGCCUCACCUGCGGCUGCUUCCGUCGCAGGAUCGCCCCGCUCUGAGCGCGGCGGCGUCUUGCUGGGGAAGGGCUGGGAGGGAGGGGGGGUUAGGGGGGGGAUGGGGGUCUCGGUCCAACGGCGGCCCCCCCCUUUGCGGGGAUGGGGUUGGGGACGUGGUGGGGGCGCUGCCCUGAGCACCUCGGCUGCGGGCAGCGGGACAAAUGGACGGUAGAGGGAUGGGGGUCCUGCGGGGCUGGGCACCCUGAGGUGUGGGGAGGAGGUCGGGGAGGC